AUGCCACCCCCAGGCACCAUUUCUUCUCUCCAAAACGGCGGCCUUAUUUCGCCUCCUCGUCCUCAGUCUACUUCUUCUAUUCUUCCUUCUGCACGUUCAGGCGCUACUUCUCCGACUUCUCCUACACGCGCUUCCUACGCGCCUUCCAUUCAGUCCCCCCUUGCGCGCGGGAACACUAGCUCCCUUCACGCCCGGUCCCAGUCCACUGCGCCUCACUUACGAUCCAUGACGCCUUCCGUACGCACCGCGACACCUGCUAUCACACACUCUUCAUCGAUAGGAGCAGAGGCUCCUCACUCUAUGCCCAGCAAGGCGCGCCGGCUCUCGAGCCCUCCGCCGCCUCUAAAAAUGACUCGUACCAGCAGCUCCAGCUCGGACGAGAAAGAAAAGGAGAAGCAGAGGGACGCGCGGAGGGUCCAGCUGAUCCAGCGCUGGAUUCCCUCUAUUGACGCUGCGCACCUGCCGACAGGAAGAUCGGAUAGGUUUCAUUCCACUUUGUCAUCAGGCCACACGUCGUCCGCCGUCCCCACACCUCCACCACGAUACAAGACUCCGUUUUCCGCGCACUCGCCUUAG